AUGGAUCUUCAACGCCGACAAAAAUCAAAUAAUUAUACUAGAAGCCUAGAUGGAGUAGGUUAUAAUUCUUUUAGGCGUCAUUUUAGUAUAACUCUUACAACUUUUCGUACUAUUGUGACUCGAUUAGAAAUCUAUCAAGCCUUUACCCUAGACGCCUCUAAUGCAACACCUGCAUUAAAACAAAUUGCCAUUGUAUUAUGGCGAUUAGCAAAUGGAACUCGAAUAUCACUCGAUCGAUUUUUAGAGGCAAUAUUAGAUUUAGAACAAGGACGAAUUGCAUGGAUGGCAUCGAGGAUCACAGUAAUUCGAGGAUAA